CGCGGAAGUGAAAUUGUGUCAAACACAUGUUGAGUGAUCAUGUUCUAUAUUUUGAAUCUGUCCUGUUCUAUCAAUUUACGAUGACGUAAGAAAUAUUGAUAACAGAUUAGUGCAAUAAUUAGAAACCACUGGGCCAAUUUCAACCAAACUUAGCACAAAGCAUCCUUGGGUGAAGAAGAUUCAAAGUGAGCAGUUACCAUGGCAAAAGACAGGUCACAAAAUGGUGCAAGCGCCCCCUCAGACAGCGACAAGGGAGCUAAUCGUGCCUUGUAUGUGGUUUUUCUGUCGCUGGUCAUCGAUCUUCUGGGGUUCACGCUGAUUCUGCCCCUUUUACCCUCCAUACUGGAUUACUAUGGCAACAAUGAAGAGGAUUCUCUGUACAAGUCCAUAAAAGACUCGGUGACAGGAUUCCGGGAACUGGUAGGGGCCCCCGACACACCCAGGUGGAACUCUGUACUGUUUGGAGGUGUGAUUGGUUCCCUUUUCUCCAUGCUGCAGUUUUUAGCUUCACCAGUUAUGGGAGCAGCAUCAGAUGUCUAUGGCAGGAAACCUAUUCUUGUUGUUUCCAUGAUAGGUGUGGCGGUAUCUUAUGCCCUGUGGGCAGUCUCACACAACUUCACCCUGUUCGUCAUUGCCCGCAUCAUCGGGGGCCUCAGUAAGGGGAAUGUCAGUAUUUCUACUGCUGUCAUUGCUGACAUAUUUCCCCCAGACAAAAGAGGGAAAGGCAUGGCCUUUGUUGGUGUGGCUUUCUCAGUAGGAUUUGUGUUCGGACCAAUAAUUGGGGCCGUUUUCUCCAGGUUUGCUCGAGAACAGCAGGGAGUUUUCUACACUGCCCCUGCCCUUUUUGCACUUGCCUUAGCUGUGAUAGAUGUGAUUUUUGUUGUCAUGUUUUUCAAAGAAACACUCCCACAACAUCGAAGGGCAAAGUCCAUUUCUUCUGGUUUGCAAAACACUUCUCACCUCAUCAACCCUGUAUCUCUCUUUAAAUUUUCACCUGUGACCAACAUAACUGCUCAAGAUUUGUCUGCUAUGCAGAAGAUUGGUGCUGUGUAUUUUCUGUAUCUUCUGCUGUACUCAGGACUCGAGUUUACCCUCACCUUCCUCACUCACAACAGGCUCAAUUACGACAGUAUGCAGCAAGGAAAGAUGUUUUUCUUCCUGGGGACCAUAAUGGCUCUCGUUCAGGGUGGUUAUGUCAGAAGAAUACCGGCUGGAAAAGAAAUCAAAAUAGCCACAAUGGGAAUGACAUUUCUGAUACCAGCCUUCCUGUUCAUGGCUUUUGCCUACAGUGCUAGUAUGAUGUACAUUGGCCUCACACUCUUUGCUUUUGCCUCAGCCACAGUUGUUCCUUGUCUGACAACACUGAUCUCAGGAUUUGGAGGCAUGGAUCAAAAAGGGGUGGUGCUGGGAGUGUUUAGAUCACUGGGGGCUUUGGCCAGAGCUUUCGGUCCAGUUUUAUCAAGUAUAGUGUACUGGAGCUGUGGUGAAAAGGUUUGCUACAUAUCUGGUGCAGUUCUACUUAUCAUUCCUUAUGUCAUGCUCAGAAAGAUCAAAGCCUCUUCUCACACUGCUUAACGGGUCUUAUGAUUGGAGGCUAGCACCGUUCUCCUCUGUUACAGCAUUUCUGAUUAGUCAGCAGGAUUUAAGUGUGAUCUCAAGCUUUACCACUGCUCUACAUAUUUGUUAAUACCAUUUUCUAUAUUGCAUCUCAGUGUGUACGAUAUGUAUUUCUACAUGUACCGUAUUCCAAAGGACCACGUAUGAUAACCAAAUUCAACAGUCAUGCUUUCGUUUCAAAAUUAAAUCAUUUUGAGCAAGAAUCUUGAUGCAACUCAGGCCUGGAGGUUAUAAAACUUUUUUGAGCACAUUUUCAUACUCAAAAUCAAACUCUGUGCUCUAAAUCGUACUCAUACUCGAAAGUCAAGGUUAUAAAGCUUUUAUGAAAUUAUUCUUAUACUCAAAUGGAGUCCCUGCUCAAGACUUUCGAGUAUGCUUGGAGCUUGCUCAGAGUUGUACUCAAAACAUACAUGACUGAGUUUGAGCAUAAGUACUGUAAAAGUUUUACAACCACCAAGCCUGUUGUUAUUCUCAUGAAUCUAAUCAAAAUGACUUAGAACCAGAAUAAUGACACCAAAAAAACAUAUCAUGGAUUUGUCUCUCCUGCACACAUGAUACAAAAGAUUUUGCUUGUCCAAAGCUGCAUUUUACUUUUUAAAAAAUUUAAUAUUCAGAUUUCAAAAAAUUGUGUCUUUCUCUGUGUUUUUUAAAGAUUGUAAAUAUUAAAGUUAAGUUACUGAAAAAGAUGGAGCCUUUCUUUAAAACUAAAAACAAUUAUUUUUUCAGUGGUUUAAAAUUAAAAUGGCUGUUAUCAUACAUAGUUCAUUUUAAAGUUCUGCCACAAAAUAUUUUUAAAUUUAGUUGUUGUUACAGAAAUGGUGGUGUCUGCUGAUACUUAUGAAUUUAUUUUUUUUCUGAUAUAAGUUUUCCAAGCCACUAUAUUAAAAUGUAUACAUUCUAAACUUAAGGUUUUCUACAGAAAAGCUCAGUGAUUAUUUGGGAAUAUGAACUUAAUUUUGUGUGAGUCAUUUUUUUCGGUUUCGUUGAUGUACUUAUGAUUUUAUAGAUACUGUUGGUGUACACUGAAAUGUCAUAUAAAUUGUGUGUUUUGUUGUAGUUUCAAAUUCAUGGGUUGGGUACCUUCAAAAGACUAGAAAAAUUAUACCCCCCACAGAAUCUAAAGAUUUCACUAUUAUAUGACAUAGAAGUGCUUUAGUCAUUCGAAUGCAUGCAAGUUAUAACAUUUCGUGCCAAGCUAUUAUAUUUGUCAAACGUCAAAUUGUACAUUAAAUUUGAUCUUUCAAUAUCAAUUAAGAGUUGUGCAAGACUCCAUGACAACAUAACACAUUCAUUAUUAAUGUUGUUGAAGUCAACCUGUAACACAAUAUCUGUAGACUGGUGGCAAAAGAUCCAAAAGUUGUUCAGGUAUUUGAUAUUUUUGCUACUUUAUUUUUUUUAUGUGAAGAUUAGCGAUUUAUUUAUUAAUGAUAAGUGUUUGCAUGUUCAAACAUGAAGAUACUAGACUUAUAUUUUAUGUAAUAUAGAUAUCUUUAUUCUGUUAACGUUUUAUAUGUAGGGAAUUUUCCAGUCUUCCAACAAAAUCAUUUACAGUUACUGACAAGUUUUACAAUUCAUUAGCACACAAAAAUGACAUACGCUGUCCAAUAUUAUAUGUUUUAUCAUAUUUUUUAAUUAUGAGUAUUUUCUUUAAAACAACAGAGCAUUAGAUAAAACAAUGUCGUUUUCUAUGACAAAUAUGUUUCUUUAAGAAAGCUAACUGCUCAGCUUUUGAGCACAACUGUACAGGAUGCUAUUACACCGUACUGUAGAUAAUGGUUCAAUACUUAUUCUGUUGAUCUAAAUAUAUAUUUACUACAUCAACCUGUCCAACUGGAAAUUCUUCUGUCAAUUCCAGAAAGGGUUUGGAAAGAACUACAUUUUGUGGCAGAAGGAUUCUUUAAUCAAAAAGAAAAAAAAUUUGCAAGAUUUCAGUUUUUGUUUUAUCCAACAUAUCGUCAUUGAUUAAACCCAUUGAUUUUAUAUAUUUAGGGAGAGGGCUUAAAUAGGCUAUGCCUGCUGCCCAAUCCCAUUCACUUUUUGAAUAAAAUAUAGUUUAAAUUAAAUUGAUUAUACUCAUAGGCAAUGUAUUUCAGCCUUGUAAUUUAUGAUACAAGUACUUGAAAGAUUUGGAACUAAUUCAAAUAUUGUUAAAUUCAUUAAUCUGGUUGAUAUUUUUUUUGUAAACAUAACACCGAUUCUUAAAAACAUCUAUAUUGUUUUAUCAGAAAUUUUCUAUAUAAUGAUUGAGUUUUGUUGCAUAUGUUGUGUUGACAUCUGCAAACAAAUCAAGUUUGAUUGUGGAUAAAUCAUGUGUAAAUUUAAGUACAAAAAAGUUAAGUUUACCUCACCGUAACUCAAUAACAAGCUCUAUGACUACAGAUUUUCUUUUAGAAAUCAUAUUAUGCUUCCAAAAAAUUGACAAUACUACAAUUGCACAAAACUCAGGUGUGGACCUGUAAAGCACAUGCCAUAUUGCAAAUAGAAUAAAUUUACUUGGAUUACACUGUGUAUUUCAUUCUUAAGAAAACAAAACAAGAGAAAGCUUUAUACUGCAACACCGUUUUACAUUACGUAAUCUGCUCAGUCUCCAGUAAAAUUAAUUUUAGAAUGAAUUUAUGACCAGGUUUAAUGGCCUGCCUUCUCGGUUGAUUAUAAUUUUGGUGGGUUUAUAUAUAUAAGAAUUCAGAAGGUGCUAUUGAAGGAUGCCGCGUAGGUUUCCAGAGUGAAUGCGGACCAAAAUGUUAUUUCGAGUGUGAAGAGCACAUAUAUAUACAUAUGCAUUGUUAAAAAUAUAUAGGAUUAUGUACUAUUAUAAAUGUUUUAGUAGUACUCAUAUAAUAUGAAUUCAAAUUUUGUGAUAGUAAAAAUUGAUAUUGAUUUGUUAUUAAACCAAUGGUGUGGGGACUUUGUGAUGGUAAUGUGAUAUAUUCCAUUUUCCAAUGCAGAAAACGAAUGUAUUCAGACUUUGGACACUGUUCCAUCGUACUUAGAACUACGAAUGGUAGCCAUUUUAAAUUGGUGAGAUGCGAUACAUUUUGAUAGAAGUUAAUAAAGUAUCUUUAUGAUGAAAA